AAGGAUAGAGUAGUAGCGGGGAGAUCCUCCCCGAGUCCCCGACCCGGAGCCAUCUCUCCCUGCGAGUGUGAAUCGCGACGAAGCAAGCCUUUCUCCUCCGCACAGAGAGAGAUAGAGAGAAAGAGAGAGACGAAGGGAGCACAGGGGAAGCGCUUUUGAUGGUUAGGGUUCUCAUCCCCAUGGCCUCCGCCUCCUCCUCCCUCCACCUCGCCUCCCUCCGCCCCCUCUCCCCCUCCUCCUCCUCCUCCGCCGCCGCCGCCGCCGCCGCCGUGCGAUCCAUGUCCACCUCCAUGCCCCGCUGCCCCGCCGCCGCCGCCGCCGCCGCCGCCGCACGGAGAACCCCGCUCGUCCACCUCCGCGGCGUUUCACCUCAAGAGCAGUUGUUUGGAAUAAGACAUUCAAGGUCGAUUAGAAAAAUGAACAGCAUUGUGGCUAGCGCCGCUGGAAAAACAACGCAAGCAGGCACAACUCUCAGUCAAGAAGAGGCCUUAGAGUGGGUGAAGAAGGAUAGCCGAAGGCUCCUGCAUGUUGUUUACCGAGUCGGGGACUUGGAGAAGACAAUAAAAUUCUACACAGAGUGCCUAGGAAUGAAGUUGCUGCGAAAGCGUGACAUUCCUGAGGAGAGAUACACGAAUGCUUUCCUUGGAUAUGGGCCUGAAGACUCUCACUUCGUUGUUGAACUUACCUACAAUUAUGGGGUUGACAAAUAUGAUAUUGGAACUGGUUUUGGUCACUUUGGUGUUGCAGUGGAGGAUGUCGCAAAGACUGUUGAGUUAAUCAAAGCUAAGGGAGGAAAGGUGACCAGGGAACCUGGACCUGUAAAAGGUGGCAAAAGUGUGAUUGCUUUUAUUGAAGACCCCGAUGGUUAUAAGUUUGAGCUUCUGGAAAGAGGUCCUACACCAGAGCCCUUGUGUCAAGUAAUGCUUCGAGUGGGGGAUCUUGAUCGAUCAAUAAAUUUCUAUGAGAAGGCGUUUGGUAUGGAGCUUCUUCGCAAGCGAGAUAAUCCUGAAUACAAGUACACCAUAGCGAUGAUGGGAUAUGGUCCUGAAGAUAAAAAUCCAGUGUUGGAGUUGACUUACAAUUAUGGGGUUACAGAAUAUAGCAAGGGAAAUGGCUAUGCACAGAUUGCUAUAGGCACCGAUGAUGUUUAUAAAACUGCUGAGGCUAUUAAGUUGUUUGGAGGUCAAGUGACUCGUGAACCUGGUCCUCUACCUGGCAUCAACACCAAGAUCACGUCAUGCUUAGAUCCUGAUGGCUGGAAAACGGUGUUUGUCGACAACAUAGAUUUCGCCAAAGAGCUGGAAUGACCAUGUGCCUAAGCUUUCACUGCAUCGACUACAAUCUCCAGGCGUCGUCGCUCAUCUUGUAAAAAACAAUUACUCAACUCCUUGUUCUGUAGAUAAGGUCAGAUCUCCUACCAUAUUAAUGGUAGUAAUUAGAAAAUGCCAUCAAUAUAGUGCGGUGUAGAUGUGAGAUAAUUUUGACUUGUCCAGCUUAUUUGAGUCAAAUCUUGUUUUCUGUUUAUCUCCUCGACUAAUUCUUGCUAUUCGAAUGCUACAUCUCACAUUAAUAAUCUCGUAUGGCAAUAUUCAUGUGGCAUCGUCAUUGAGCAU